AGAAAGGCAGGGCUCGCGCGUGCAGUCACCUAUGUCAGUAGUACCUUCGCUCGAUAAGAUAAACACCCAGCGUGUGCUGCAUUAGAUUGAUUGUUUUAAUCGCGAAUUGUGUUGACACUUCUAGGUUGUAAAUUAACAAGUGUGCAGUGAUACAAAAUAGUUCAGUAGCGCAGCCAGAAUUGCGCCCCACUGUCAACAUUCUCAGGCAGUGCAAUGGGAAAGACGAUUGUCGGUCAGCUUGAAAACGCACAGAGAUUUUUAACUUGCAUUGACUGAGCUAAUGGUGAAAUAUAUAGACCGCAGGUACAAUAAGCUUCUAGAUCGCGUCAAAAGCAUGCAGGAGCUCUACGACAUAUUACCUGUCAUUAUGCAGAAAGGGCAAGAAGAUGCCAGGAGCAUGGCAAGUAAUCGGAAGAGACUGGAAACUGAGGCGAUGAGAAGUUUUUGGCAAAAUAUGAAGAAAUCCAGUGGUAGCACACAAACCCCAAGGCAACUGGUCUUACUUCGUAACCAACCACCAAACAAAAAGCAAGAAGUAUUGCCAGAGAGAGAAGAUCGGAAUUUGUCCACACCCAAGUACUUCACUUCUAUUAAUACACGCCCAAAAGGGAAAACUAAGAGUCCCCCUAUAGCAGCCCUAACCUCUGAACUCAUCACUCUUCCACCUCUUAUAGAGAAUGGAGAAGCAGCGACAGGUCCUAGAAAGUCUAAUUCGCAUCGCAGUCUUGAGGACUGGAAACGGGAAGUUUUGAAACCAGUGGAUGCUCGACCUGCCUACUCAAUACCAGCACCCGAGUUCAAAAUUAACAUAGAACAGAACAAUGAAUUGAGAAAUGAGAAAGACAUUAAUUUUAAGACAGGCCCCAUGUUUUACAACCCAAAGUUUUAUCCAAAAGCCACCUAUGUUGUGAAUCCAGAGUGGUUCUCUGAGCAGUCGAAUGUGAGAAAAAAAAGAGGAGGCGGAGGAGGAACGCUUGGAUGGGGUUGACUGAUAUUAAAAAAAAAUUUUUUUAAGGUUGCCUUAACACCAUAACGCCCAUUGGAGUCCUGUAUUAUGAAUUUAUUUAUAGGCAUCUCUAAAUGAUGUUGAUUAAAAUAUACAUUACAUAUACUCCAUAUAUUUUUCAUAUGAAAGAUUAUUUGAAACCUUUUUCCUCUAUACACACAAAUGUAUGGAUUCGGAUUACAGCCCUAGAUAUUUGUAAUUAAAGAAAUUCAUACAAAAUUUUGAAGUUAAUUCUUUGUGUUAAUACACUGUGUCUUCUUUAUUGAUAACAUAAGAAAAAUUAAAGAUCGUUUAAACCUAACCAACAUUUGGAAUAUUUGUCUUGAUACUUAUAUAACACGGCAUUGUUAUACAAUUUGUCUCUGUCUUUAAAUUACAUUCACAAUCACGGAAGAGAACCCAAAAUUAUAAUAUCACUGAAUGUUGACACAAAAAGGACACAGUGGAGAAUUCUUGGAGGAGAAGCAGGCUCUUUCCCUUACACUGCAGGACUGGCAAAAAUGUGAAUGCCUAUAUGUGGGCCAAAUAUGGGCAUUGUGAUAUACAUUGUAGAUCUAUCAGCACCAGGGCAGAUUGUUGAGUGAUGGCAGAAGAGGUUUUAAGAAAUUGGUAGUCCUAUUGUGGUGUAUGAGAACAUUCACAGGCAUGCACCUGAGCACAAAAUGAGCUUAUUGUUGCAUAGAUAGCUUUCUUAUGGAUGCUUUCACAUUAAUCAACAGGCUUGCACACACUACAUGUAGUGGCAUUUUAUGAGACUGGAGAUAAACACUUCACAAGUGCAACCAAUGUUACCAUAGGUCUUCUCUGCCUUCUCUAACUGUCACAUGUAGAAGGACACCUGUCCAAGUGUGAUUACAUCCACCCAAACAGUUAUCUUCUUGGCUGCUGUGCUGUGCUGUGCCAGUUUGUUUGGGGGCGGGAAGAGGCAGGGUACUUACACAGGCGUACACAGCCUGAUAGUCUCAAAAUCCGCAUUCUAUAAAGCCAAAGAAGACCUCAGGUAGUGAUUAAGGCUGGUGUGUUCUAACAUAAUCAGCAAACGAUAAAAAUGAACAUGCUAAAAUCAAACCCAAUCAAACCCAACUUUUUUUGGAAUGCGCUGCUUUGAUAAAGAUCUAAUUCUUCAACAGAGAUAGUUGUACAUGUACCCUAAACGGUAUCCUAUUUGGGAUUUUCACACAAAAUCAAGUUUUCUUUAAAAAUAUUUUUUUCUCCUAUAUGUAAAAACUCAAGUGUCAGUGUUUGGCCCACCCCUGAUGGAAUAAAUAAAUAUGACUUCGAGGCAGUUUCAAAUGAUGAUAGUAUACCUUAAAAUAAAUUUAUCACUUAUUUAACUAUUCACCUGAAUAGAAAUUCAAAAUAGUGAGCAGCCUCAUUAAAGCAAUCAAAAAUUUAAACAUUGAAAUGUAUUUCUAAUGUUUAUUGUUAACAUUCCAAAUUAU